UGGCGCCCUGCUGUACGCCACCGUCGCACGUGACGGGUCUGUCCGCGACACUGCUGUACGCCAUGAUCGAGCCGUGCGUCGUGCGAGAGGUUGCUAUCUGCAACCUCCACAUGCUCGAGCCCGCACAUGCCGCGGCACACCUCCUCAACCCUCAUCGACGGUCCCUUCGGUAUUACGAGUCCUUGCAGACGACCAGUGACAACGCCCGUGUGGUCGAGGAGUGCGACAAAUUUCUCCUCGCACAGACCGGCGGAGAUCCGGUCAGCAGACUGUAUAGGACCGUUUGCGACCAGAUGAGGCAUUCCCAUUUGAGGCGAGGAGACCAGGGAGAUCGGCAGUUGUCCGAUGCCGAGGUGGACGAUUGUAGAGGAGACCCCGAGACCGAGCGUUGUGCGGCGUGGUGGUUUGCCCAUGGACGUCACCACCCGGAGCUGCGCACCGUCGCCAUCCGUGUCAUGCACUUGUGGACGUCCGCCUCUCCAGCGGAGAGGAACUGGGCGCAGCACGAGCGCAUCAACACGGCGAGGCGCUGCAAGCUUGGGUUUGCCAAGCUUGCACAGCUGGUUGAGAUUGCCACCAAUCUCAAACUGGCCGCAUGCGCACAGGAGGGUGGUGGCUACGUGUUACCAUGGGUUCUGGGGACUGGUCGGGAGGAGACGGCGAGAGAGGAGGAGGAUGACGAGGCAGAUGUGGAGCUCGAGGUGUGGGGAGCGCGACCUGCUGGUAGUGUUCACGAGCAGGAGAUCCAGCAACAGGUCGUCGCUUUCCAUGACAGCCGACCGUCCAGAGCCCGUGCGGUUCAGGACAUGUUCGGUCGGAGGGGGACGGAGCUGCGACCGUGGCCAGAGGCGGUUGACGACGGUCCUGACGGUGAUGCAGAUGACGACGACCCCUGCGACGAGUGGACCGACGAUGAUGACGCGCCCGUCAGUGGCGACGCGACGGCAGAGCGGGUGUACUUCACUUACGGUGGAGGACCUGACGGCAUGGGUCCACACACAUCGGUCAUCACUGAUGAUGUGCCGUCGAUCGGGCAGGCCAGUGGCACCGGCAGAGGUGGUGGUCGUCGUGAACCACGUCCAAGUGCGGCCGACGUGUGGGGGCUUGGGGGAUUUCAACGUGCUGAGACGUCGACAUGCCUCACCGUCGGAGUUGAGACCGAGGAGGAGCGGGAUGCUCGCCUGCACCGAGAGGAGGAGCGGCUGCGGAGUUUGCCAGGAUGGGAGGGUCGGUUCACGUACCUAGACGAGCAGCGCCGACAGAGGGACUUGGAGACAGGAGGGUGGGCCGGCUUUGACGCCGACGACGGGGGUGUCCCUAGGGAGCCAGUUUAUGCAGACUUGCGAGAGGGUGGACCCGGUGACGAUAUGAACGUGGGUGACGAGGGACGGGAUGUCGCCGCGGGCGGACGAUCUCCCCCUCGUGGAGGUAGUGGCGACGGCGAGACCGCGGGUGAUGAGGGACAGGGAUCGAUGCCUCCACCACCCGCACGAGCCUCACAGGCGGGCGUUGACGCCGACAACGAGACGCCGACACCCGAAGUUGUGCACAGUGGCGCUUCCCCGCCGCCGGUCCGAGGUGGUGUCGGCGGCGGAUGGUCAGCUCAUCGAUGGGUCGGGGACCGCUUGAGGGUGGAUUAUGACGCUGGGAGGGGCGUCUUCGCGGGACGUUUGCCAGCUCAGACGCAGGCUGUGGAGGGGACAUCGACGGACAUGCAGCAGGGAAAGCUGCACACAUCGGGCGAGGAGGGGUUGUUGAUGCGUCCCGAGACGAGACGACACCGCGGCAUCACAGAGGUGGAGGCUCGACUCGCAGCAGAGGUCGCCGCCGGCCAGGCAGCGUUGGACGCGAUUCAGAGGCAGCGAGAUACGGUUGCUGCACAGGCGACAGAGGACGAGGACGCAAACACAGAGUCCGAGCCGCUCGAGAGUGUGGUCCGCACACGUAGAGCGGUCGUGGCCGCGGCAGCCGCUGCAGCACAGGCGACAUACAUCAGCGGUGCGGAGGGCACAGGUGCUGGAGGGAGAGGAGGGCGCCCGGGUGGACAGCAUGGCGGAUCGUCCUUCGGGAGAGGCCGCACGCGUCCUCCUGCUGGGAGGGGUACGGGCCGCUGUUCUGGGAGGAGAUGAAGAUGGAUGAUAUGCUUAAUGAAUGUGUUGUUUCACG